GGAGGUGAGUAAUUCGAGCGUCGAUAUAUCGAGUAACAUAUUGGACUAGCUAGCUAUAUCUAGUAAUGUAUCGUGUUAGCUAGCUAUAUCGCCCGAUAGUAAAUAACCCAAUUCCAAUUGCUAACUAGGUAUAUCGGGUAGUAUAUUGAGUUAGCUAGCUAGAUCGCCCGAUAGUGGAUAUUUUUUUUCUCCUUGGGUACAAAGGUGCCAGAACCGUGCUCUUUACACUUUUGAAAAGAAAAAUGUUGAGGCUACCCGAAUAUAAAAAAGUAAAUGAAAAAAUACCACCUGCAGGUAGUGUACUUCUUGAAAACGUUUUGACGUUUUGAACGGGUUUUCUACCAAUAAAAAAGUUUUAGAAUUUGAAUUUCAUAUAGUGCCUAUGUACAGGUAAAAUGAAAAAGCCCGUAACUGACUCAUUUUUCAUCGACUUCAGGAAAUGUUCAAAAUAAGUUAUAGAUUAUACAUCAAGUAGCAAGUCUUGUAAUUUUUCACCGUUAAUGAAUAAAUUUUUAAAAGAAUUAAAUUUAAACAUUUUUAAAUUAAAUUUUAAAAGAAUUUAAAGGACGGCAGCGGAUAAGCACAAAAUAUUCCUUUAACUAAUCGGACCAAAAGACACAUAUUCUGAAUCAGCGUCGAAGUCUGAACAAAGCUGUCGAUUCAGUUUCUCGAAAUGUUGACUUCGGGUUAAAUGUUCAUUGUCUCCUCAGAGCUACAGAAAGAAAAAGGAAAAAGGACUUUAGGGUUUUUGUUGUAAACUUCAUAACUUUGCAAAGAAAGAUCGUGUAGAGCUGGAAAAUAUCUAGAUUUUGAUCAGAAUUUCACGGGCUACAAUCACGACUUAUUUAAUAAAUGUUUUCGAGAUUUUUCGAGGUUUCUGGAUAACCAAUUUUUCAGAAGCCAGCUAGGAAAGCGUUUUCCAAAAAACUGCUUCCCCUAAAAGCAUUUUCUGGUUAUAUUUGGAUUCCUCAUUCAAAACUAAGUAGGACAGCAUGUGUUUUGAACUGCACCUCGGCCUCUCGGGGACGCUGUAUCCAAAAUAGUUUUCAAAAACCGCAUUUUUCGUGGUUUUUUUGCACCGUUUUGACCUAUUUUUCCCUUGAAAACUACAUUUUUUCCAACUUCUCGACAUACCAUCUGAAAGCUGGCAUUGUGGCGGUUUCAGAACACUACCUUUGAAGGUAACAACAAAAUGCCAGCAGUUUUGGUACCAUUAUCUACCUUUAUUUCUUUGUUUUGCAUAUCCAACUGUGUUUUAUUUUUCGUGCAUUGUUCUUGGUAAUGGGUGUCAACAUAAUUUUGAUUAUGAAACACUAUUAUGUAGCGGACCUUGUUAUGUCAAUGAAACCACUGUUAGGCGGUGUCGACUGGUUUGCAAAUCUUUUUCUGUCAGUGUUCGUGAUACCUAUAUUAAAUUUUAUAUUAGUUGUAAGGAUAUUAUGGAAGAAAUGUCACAUGAAACAAAUGUUGACAUGGAAAAAAAACAGAAAGAUGACCGUCCAAUUAUUAUCUGUUUCCGGUCUUCAAUUAAUUAUUUUGUUACCAGCUAUCGUAACUGGAGCUUUCGAGUUAUUUUGGCUGCCAAAUUUUUUAGCUGAUAUUCAAUUCACAUAUUCCUAUGAUAUGUAUUAUUUUAUUCCGUUGUUAUUAGCAUUUAUUUGCUUGGGAUCUUUGACAGAAGUACUCAAAUCAAAUAAAAGACGAAAAGGGUCACCACAGUUGCACCUACCUGAGCGUAAUGCUGUUGGUCGCGAUGACUGA